AUGGCGGGGGAAACCAAGAUUGAGGACCAAUCUGACCACCAAACACCUACGAAUGACUUUCCCACCGCUGCCGAAUCCAGCCCAAAACCAGGCAAGUCCAAGUCGCACAGCAAAGAUAAAGGCUCUCCAGCCUCUGCAUCUGCAAAGAGACGAUGCGUCAGCACCGCCUGCAUAGCUUGUCGUAGGAGGAAAUCCAAGUGUGAUGGUAACACACCAAGCUGUGCUGCUUGCUCCUCCGUUUACGGAACCGAAUGUGUCUACGACCCCAACUCAGACCAUCGCCGCAAGGGCGUCUACAAGAAAGAUAUCGAUAACCUCAAGACGCGCAAUUCCACUUUACAAACACUCAUCCAGGCCAUCCUCAACUACCCGGAGAACGAGGUACCGGGCUUGGUCAAACAGAUAAGGACAUGUGAGAGCUUGGACGAUGUGGCCGAAUCAAUACUAGCUAGAGACAACGGCGUCGGAGAGGAUGAUAGAGUUGACGAAGCGCUCGCGAACGACAAUGGCACGCCCUCGGUUGUCCCCAAAUUUGAAAAGGAGCUGUCGGGAAAGAUGGGCAAGCUGCGGCUGGACAAUGGCUCCGUGAGCAUCAUUGGAGGAACUUCAAACCUGAUCUUCGUAGGGUCUGGGACGGAUGGGGAAGAUGGAAGCAACUCAACCGAUGAUUCCGAGCAAUAUGAAGAGCAGGAAUAUGCCAUUACCUCGUGGACAGAGGUCACCUCCGAUCCGGACUUAGUUGUCCAUCUGCUCAACAUGUAUUUUGCAUGGCACUACACCUACUUCACCACACUUUCGAAAAGCCUCUUCUACCGUGACUUUCAGCGGGGCAGAACUCCCCGCGACAUCAAACGAAAGACUGAAUACUGCACGCCGCUGUUGGUCAAUGCGAUGCUCGCAUUGGGUUGUCACUUUACAUCUUGGCCUCAAGCUAGAGCCGAUCCCAAAGAUUCCGCGACCGCUGGCGAUCACUUCUUCAGGGAAGCCAAGAGACUCAUAUUGGAGAAUGAUGAGCAUGAAAAUCCGAGGCUUGCAACAGUCCAAGCACUCGCUCUCAUGUCUGUACGUGAAGCUGGAUGUGGGCGCGAGGCUCGGGGAUGGGUGUACAGUGGGAUGAGCUUUCGAAUGGCUUACGACCUAGGACUGAAUAUUGACUCCGGCUCUAACAACCUUGAUGAGUCGGAGAUUGAUGCUCGCAGGAUAACAAUAUGGGGCUGUUUCUUAUUUGACAAAUGUUGGUCGAACUACCUCGGCCGGCAACCUCAGCUGCCACUAUCUAGCAUCGCGGCCCCGAAAUUCGAUGUCUUCCCAAUGGAGGAUGCUGACGAGUGGUCACCUUACCUGGACACUGGGAUCGGCAAAACGCAUGCCCAACCGUCCCGAACACGCGCUGUCGCUCUUCAGACAUCUCAACUAUGUGAGAUCAGUAGCGAUCUACUGCUAUACUUCUACCAUCCUCAUCAGCUGGAGAAGCCACUGGGCAAGCAGGCAGAGCUCAAGAAAUUGAGUGAGCUGCACACAAGACUUGAAGCAUGGCGGAAAACCCUACCGAAGGAGAUGGAGCCAAAAGAGGGCCAGCUGCCGCAUGUCCUUGUCAUGCACAUGUUUUUCCAACUUCUAUUCAUUCACCUGUUCCGCCCGUUUCUCAAAUACAAACAAGCGACCUCUCCGCUACCUUCCCACGUUUCCCCACGGAAGUUCUUGACCCAUGCCGCCUCCAUGAUCUCGAAACUCCUCCGCCUUUACAAACGAACCCACGGCCUCCGUCAAAUCUGCAACAUUGCCGUCUACAUAUCUCACUCAGCAUGUACGGUACACCUUCUCAACCUCCCAGACAAAAAUGCCGCACGGGACCUUGUUCACGGUCUAAAGCAUCUAGAAGAAAUUGGAGAAAGCUGGCUGUGCGCCCGCAGGACAUUGGGGAUAUUACGUACGGUGGCGGGGCGUUGGAAUAUCGAGCUGCCUGAGGAAGCGGAGAAGACUCUCCAGCGUGCGCAGGAGAGGUUUGGGUUUUUGAACUCACCCGACCGUGAUGUUACGCCUAAGGCGGAUAAUCAAAUGCCACCGCCAACGCCGAUGCAGCCAUUGCCUCCACCUAUAGCGAAACCUAAGACCGAACCGAGUGUGAACCACCGUCUCAACCCCGCGAACGGUGUCUCUAAUGGCUUCUUCCCGAUUACUGCUCCCCUGGCAAGUCCAAUGCCUACGCCAGACAUGCCGCGUCUUGACGGCAUCCUUACCAUGCCACCUCAAUCAACCAACGAUUUCAACAAGUCAAGGCAGCACAGCUACAUCAUGCCUCAAACGCAACAAGAGAUAUGGAAUCACAGUCAAGCUUCGCAAGCGCCGUCGGUUCAGCAGACAUCUCCUACAAGGCUGUUCGGUGGUGUAGAUUCACUGAUGCAGGAUCAGGAAUGGUGGCUGAGGGAUUCGAAUCAAAUGUUUGCCAGUUGGAAUGAGGUAGAGCAGGAAGCAGCCAUGCAAGGCAACACUGGCUUCAACAAUGGCACUGGAAAUAUGGGAUAUGGGAACAGUAUCUACGGCAUGGAUGGGAGCGGAAUGAACGGGUACGGUGGGCAAGUGAACAACUAG